UGUGCACAUGAGCCACGACUGCUGAAUGCUGAUCACUGAUCCUACGUACUGCAAGAGCAGCGAAUUCUUUCUAGCCAUGAUCACCACGGCCGACCAUGCCGCUCCCAUCGCUGGAGCCAUCCUUUCUCUCGUCAUCAUCAUCUUCUUCUCCACCGCCUGCAACUCCGACCCCGACCUCCUCCUCGACUUCUGCAUCGCCGACACGACGGCGGCCGCCGCGUUCCACUUCAACGGCCUGCCGUGCAUCGACCCGGCGACGGCGCGCGCCGACCACUUCGCCACCUCGGCGCUGUCCCGGCCCACGGACUCGUCCGGCACGCUCUUCGGCUUCAACGCGACGAUGACCAGCCCGGCCGCGUCCCUCCCCGGCGCGAACGCGCAGGGGCUCGCCAUGGCGCGCGUCGACCUCGCGCCAGGUGGCAUGGCGCCGCUGCACUCCCACCCGCGCGCGUCGGAGGUGGCGCUCGUGCUCUCCGGCGGCGUGCUGGUGGGGUUCGCCGACACGUCGUACCGGCUGUACACGCAGCGGCUGCGCGCCGGCGAGGCGUUCGUGUUCCCGAGGGGCAUGGUGCACUUCAUGCGCAACGAGGACACCUCAGCGCCGGCCGUCGUGCUGUCCGGGCUCAACAGCCAGAGCCCCGGCGCGCAGCUCGUGCCCUUCUCGGCGUUCCUGACGGAGCCGCGGCUGCCCGACGAGGUGGUGAAGAAGACGUUCAGGAUCACCGGGCAGGACGUGCAGAGGAUCCAAAGGAGCCUCGGUGGGUCGUAGGGGGACUCGGCUACUCCGUACAUAAUUACUCGUGUGCUACGACAGGGGUCCAAAUAUUGUACGCGAUCGUCAUGACUUAUCUGUCAUUUUUUACUUAAUGUGAUUAUUAUACAUACUAGCAAAAGGGUCCGUACGUUGUAAAGGGAGAAAAAAAAUUCAUAAUCUUUGAUGGUCA